AUGAACCGAGCCUGUCCAGAGCGGGCACCUGUUUUGCACUCGCCCGCUGGGCGCGAGAAUGCGGCACAGGGAAGAGCCGACGAUGCAGUGAACUUCAAGAGCCCUCGCGUCACUGCCACUGACUUCCCUAGGCGCGCGGUCGUCGCGGACACAGUUAAAGAUAGACUGUGCUGGUUACAGGGAGAGUUAUUUUGCUGUUUUACUGCUGGGAGUGAGAGCCUCUCCGCUGCUGGGAGUGAGAGCGUCUCCGCUGCUGGGAGUGAGAGCGUCUCCGCUGCUGGGAGUGAGAGCGUCUCCGCUGCUGGGAGUGAGAGCGUCUCCGCUGCUGGGAGUGAGAGCGUCUCCGCUGCUGGGAGUGAGAGCGUCUCCGCUGCUGGGAGUGAGAGCGUCUCCGCUGCUGGGAGUGAGAGCGUCUCCGCUGCUGGGAGUGAGAGCGUCUCCGCUGCUGGGAGUGAGAGCGUCUCCGCUGCUGGGAGUGAGAGCGUCUCCGCUGCUGGGAGUGAGAGCGUCUCCGCUGCUGGGAGUGAGAGCGUCUCCGCUGCUGGGAGUGAGAGCGUCUCCGCUGCUGGGAGUGAGAGCGUCUCCGCUGCUGGGAGUGAGAGCGUCUCCGCUGCUGGGAGUGAGAGCGUCUCCGCUGCUGGGAGUGAGAGCGUCUCCGCUGCUGGGAGUGAGAGCGUCUCCGCUGCUGGGAGUGAGAGCGUCUCCGCUGCUGGGAGUGAGAGCGUCUCCGCUGCUGGGAGUGAGAGCGUCUCCGCUGCUGGGAGUGAGAGCGUCUCCGCUGCUGGGAGUGAGAGCGUCUCCGCUGCUGGGAGUGAGAGCGUCUCCGCUGCUGGGAGUGAGAGCGUCUCCGCUGCUGGGAGUGAGAGCGUCUCCGCUGCUGGGAGUGAGAGCGUCUCCGCUGCUGGGAGUGAGAGCGUCUCCGCUGCUGGGAGUGAGAGCGUCUCCGCUGCUGGGAGUGAGAGCGUCUCCGCUGCUGGGAGUGAGAGCGUCUCCGCUGCUGGGAGUGAGAGCGUCUCCGCUGCUGGGAGUGAGAGCGUCUCCGCUGCUGGGAGUGAGAGCGUCUCCGCUGCUGGGAGUGAGAGCGUCUCCGCUGCUGGGAGUGAGAGCGUCUCCGCUGCUGGGAGUGAGAGCGUCUCCGCUGCUGGGAGUGAGAGCGUCUCCGCUGCUGGGAGUGAGAGCGUCUCCGCUGCUGGGAGUGAGAGCGUCUCCGCUGCUGGGAGUGAGAGCGUCUCCGCUGCUGGGAGUGAGAGCGUCUCCGCUGCUGGGAGUGAGAGCGUCUCCGCUGCUGGGAGUGAGAGCGUCUCCGCUGCUGGGAGUGAGAGCGUCUCCGCUGCUGGGAGUGAGAGCGUCUCCGCUGCUGGGAGUGAGAGCGUCUCCGCUGCUGGGAGUGAGAGCGUCUCCGCUGCUGGGAGUGAGAGCGUCUCCGCUGCUGGGAGUGAGAGCGUCUCCGCUGCUGGGAGUGAGAGCGUCUCCGCUGCUGGGAGUGAGAGCGUCUCCGCUGCUGGGAGUGAGAGCGUCUCCGCUGCUGGGAGUGAGAGCGUCUCCGCUGCUGGGAGUGAGAGCGUCUCCGCUGCUGGGAGUGAGAGCGUCUCCGCUGCUGGGAGUGAGAGCGUCUCCGCUGCUGGGAGUGAGAGCGUCUCCGCUGCUGGGAGUGAGAGCGUCUCCGCUGCUGGGAGUGAGAGCGUCUCCGCUGCUGGGAGUGAGAGCGUCUCCGCUGCUGGGAGUGAGAGCGUCUCCGCUGCUGGGAGUGAGAGCGUCUCCGCUGCUGGGAGUGAGAGCGUCUCCGCUGCUGGGAGUGAGAGCGUCUCCGCUGCUGGGAGUGAGAGCGUCUCCGCUGCUGGGAGUGAGAGCGUCUCCGCUGCUGGGAGUGAGAGCGUCUCCGCUGCUGGGAGUGAGAGCGUCUCCGCUGCUGGGAGUGAGAGCGUCUCCGCUGCUGGGAGUGAGAGCGUCUCCGCUGCUGGGAGUGAGAGCGUCUCCGCUGCUGGGAGUGAGAGCGUCUCCGCUGCUGGGAGUGAGAGCGUUUCCGCUGUUGGGCGAGGAGCGGAGUGUUUUGUUCCAGAGAGUCAGUAUUUGUUCUUCACCAAGUUAAGAGCCAUGAUUGAGUAG